CUUCGAGUUUGGCAGGAGGAUUCAUCUUGAAGUAGAAGACUGGUAGAGAGAUGCAUGCGAAAGCAUCCCUCCACUGACGAGCUGCCCCAGUGCAGAGUCUUAGUCUGAUGGGCCAGGGAUGUUGGGUCUGCAUGACAGCCCUGGCCCUCCUUAUGGCUGUUGGCGUACUUGGGAUCAGACAAGGAGCAUUUGAAAGAGAGGACAAAGUCAUCGGAUGGAGCGAGUCAUACCAGCACAAGACGCCCGCAAAGUCCUCGCUCAUGGUAGAACGCAUCAGUUGGAAUCCCCGUGCAUUUCUGUACAGAGGCCUUUUAUCACAAGAUGAAUGCGAUUACAUCAUCAAUGCCGCGCGCCCAAACAUGGUGAAGGCUACAGUUCUGGACGCUAAGACCAAGAAACAAGUGCCCAACAAGUUGCGAAACAAUAAGGAGGCGUACAUUGAUGGGUCUGCAGACGAUGUCAUAGACCAGAUUGAGCGCAGAAUAGCUCGCUACACCUUCCUGCCAGCAGCCCAUGGAGAACCAUUCCACAUCAUGCAGUACCUGCCAGGCCAGGGUUACGCGCCGCACACGGAUUGGCUGGAUGACUGGUGGCAUCCGCGCUUGGGCAAUGAGAGGAUCGCGACCAUGAUCAUUUAUCUGUCCGAUGUGGUGGAGGGCGGUGAAACUGUGUUCCCCAACUCAACCAUGCAGCCACAUGUGGGCGAUGCAGCAUACAGCAAGUGCGCACAGCAGGGGAUUGCAGUGAAGCCAGUGAAGGGAGAUGCACUGUUGCUGUACAACCUGCUGGAAAAUGGUCGCAACGAUGGCGAGAGCCUGCAUCAGGGCUGCCCAGUCAUAAGAGGAGUGAAGUGGACAGCGACAAAGCGCAUCCUUGUCAACCAGCUGCCCAGUCCGGACACCGCCGUUGCCAUACAGCAGGCGAUCGUGAGCGCCAGCACUGCCAGAGAGGCCCUGUCCGGAUGAUUGUUGUCUCAAGAUGUCCAUCACAGCAAGGGUGUCAAACGGGGAAUUGAUAUGGGGCUGUGGCCUGAGUGUCCCUUGUUGAAAUUACAAUUAGCAAGAAAUUUAUGUUGCAAGCUUGCCAUGGUUUCCAUGGCUUUGUUGAGAAUGGACCGUUGCCAUGCCACCUGUAAGGGUAAAGUAUACUAUGGAGCUUUCUUUCAUGCGACUGAUCAGAGCUUGGCCACAUAAAUUGAAACAGGGUUGGGUUGCUUGGAAGUAAUUGGAG